GACUCGCAUCAGGGUUUGUUGGAUCAAGUGGUUUGUCUAUUAAAAAAGGGCAUAUAAAAGUUUUAGCUGAACUAUAGUGGGGAGCAAACAUACUCCAAUUCAGCGUAAACCAAAGUGCGGAAGUGAAGCAAAAGGAGUAAAUGAUGCACCGGAAUACACAACCCACAUGGCGAAACAGAAUGCCAAGCAGUCUUAGUGGAAUGUUAUGACGCGGGGAGCCAUUAAUUACUACGUUAUAAACAAAAGAAUUGAGGGACUUGCCGGUUUUCCUCAGGCUUGUUAAAGCGUUUUAGUCGAGAAAUACCGCCCCCAAGCGGGCGGCGUUAGGAACUACGUAAACAUUUUAAGUUUGGCCUGUUUUAACAGCGCCGCGUGCCAUAAAACUAAAACAAACAAGCCAAAAAAAGGUUACAUUUAUAAGUAUUUAACGAGAACCUAGUUCAUAUCGCGGGGAGAGUCGUUGUUAUAAAAAGAGCAGCUUUAAUGUUUUUUCCCUUUCAUUAAAACCACAACGCAACUAAUAUAAACGCAUUAAUUGCUACAAUAUCAACAGUAUAUUCACGCUAACUUAUUUUAAUGCAAAAACGUAAAGCCGGAAUCACAAUUUACUAGCACAUAACUACAGUAUAAAAGCGUGACAAGCUACUUCAGGAAUUCCAUCGUUCUGUCUAACGGUUUUCACCGACGUCAUCGUUUUUAGCCAAUCAGCAGUCAUCUUUUUUGGCGGUUAUUCUAGCCCUUUAUGUUCAAGCUAAUUCCAGCUACAAUUUGUGUAUUUAUUGUCUUUAAACAUGAAUUGGGUUGGAGGUUCAAGGAACCGCCUGGUGAUGAAGAAUGAUGCAAAAAAGCAGAGGGAGUUUUUUGAAAAGAAAAAAAUGGAGCAAAAAUUGAAAAGGUUGGGUGUAAAGCUCCCAAAUUCCUCCAUUGGAAGUAAUACUUCAGGAAGCACAGAUCUGAUGACUUUGCUUAUCGUUAACCAGAUCGCUGCCAAGAAAGCAAACCCAGAUCCACCUAAAGUGACUGUUUUUGGCAGCAGUAAAAAAAGCCUCAAGCACAGGAGAAAUGAAGCCAUCGUGCUCCCGAUGAGUCCUGGUUCUCCAUCUAAGCUGUGCCUCACAGACAGCCAACCUCAGUACAGUUUUCAAGGAAUCCUAACAAGAAAGGCUGGUAUCCAACAAGGGUUCAAAUGUGGACAGCUUUCACCGGUCCUGGAAUCGGCCUUCUCAGACAACAGCGCGUCGGACUACCUGCCACCCAGAACCGACCUCGCCAGCCCUUCUUCCUCCUCCUCAUCACUGUCCUCUGGCAGAGGACGGGCAUCGUCAGGAAUAUUCCGAUUCCAGAUGAAUCCACAAAAGGAAAGCUUCAGUCAGGCCCAGAUCAUACCUCAGCGUUCUCCUUCACCCUGGGAGAACGUGCAGCAGUCGAGACAGUUUCAGCCUUUCUCCCAGCCCAGAUCCAUGACAGAAGCGUCCUGCUGGUCCAACACCUCAGAAUUCCCUCUUUUCCAAAUUCAGACCCCCGCCCCGGUCCAGGGGCUCUUUGGAAGUCCAGAACCAGUUAAAGCUGAAGGCGAGGUCCGUAGAAUGGAUGUAGACAUUUUUCCAACACAACCACAAGAGGAGGGGCUGGACUUCACACUUAACCAGGGAGGGUCCGAACACGUGACCCUGGAGGAUGUCUUCCAGCGGUUCUGUCAGGAUGAUGGAGGGGAAGAUUGUCACAGUGGAGGGGUAAAAACAAAAAUAUUUCUGGCAGAGGAAACAUCCGUCAGACCUUCAGGCCUCCAAACUGUGCCUGACUCCCAGUAUGUGGUUGCUGAGUUCUACAAGGAUGCAGACUUAAACUCGUCACCUCCAGGACAAACCCCCCAUCCUGCAAGCUGCUGUGAAUAUUCACCGAGCUGCUCCUGCAGAGGGGGUUACUACAGUUCAGACUCCAAUGACGAUGAACAAUGUUGUCAGCAAGAUUCUUCCUCCUAUAUGGCUCAAGCUUGUUGUUUAAACCAUUUAGAUCAAGCUUUACGAAGCCCUAAACUCCCCCAGUCCAGACUUCCUACGCCGCCAGCGAGCCUAAAUGAUGACACGAAGGUUCUGGAGUCCCUAAAAACGGCCUCCAAAGGUCAAAUGAUAGAAAUCAAAAGUCCACCUGUCUGUCUCAGCCUGGAGCACAGUCCACCGGUUAAGCCGUGCGGCUGCAGGAAAGUCCAAACUCAAGACGCGGCAGCUCAAACGGUGAGUGUCUGCGCGCCCGGAAGUCGAGAUGCCGCCACCCAGUGUGGCUCAGACGGCGAGGCUGCAACCUCAGCCUUCAGUCUGCAGCAGCUGGACGUCGGAGGCGUGUCUGGGAGGCGGAGCAAAUCACAGGAAGCCUUAGUAGAGGAAAAGAAGGCCCCGAUCCAGGAAUUCCACUCUGUGCUGGGGAGCAACGGUUUCCCUCAGAGACCCACAAAUCCAUUUGGAGACAGUCUGAACAUGAGAGGAAACGAGGGAAGACUACUGUCACAUAAAGAAGAAAAAGAGUUUAGAGUGAACCCACCUCCUCAAGAAGAUACUCAGCUGGAGGAAAUAGCCGACAUUUUGCUUCUGCUGAAGCAAAAGAAAUGAAACAAAAGGAAGCAGGAAAUAAAAGUGACAUCUGUUGGGCUGCAUUUUUUUAGUUUAAGCCUCAUUUAAUAGAAAAAAACUCACAAAAUUCUCUGUUGGUUUCUUAACGAAGUGAAAUAAAGUCCUAAAACCGA